AUGGACGUGGAGGAGGCCUUCGCGCUGGUGGGGCAGAUGGGGCCCUACCAGGUGUAUCUGUGCGCGCUGCUGGCCGUGCUGCUGCAGCUCUAUGUAGCCACUGAAGCAAUCCUCAUUGCGCUAGUAGGGGCGACACCUCCCUACCACUGGGACCUCGAAGAGCUCUCAGCUAAUCAAAGCCAUAGCAACCAGUCAACUAAUGAAGAGAGAGCCUUUGGGGAAUGGCUUCUGACAGCCAAUGGGAGUGAAGUUCAUAAGCACGUGCACUUCAGCAGCAGCUUCACAUCAAUAGCUUCCGAGUGGUUUUUAAUUGGGAACACAUCAUACAAAGUCAGUGUUGCCAGUUCGUUUUUCUUCAGUGGUGUCUUUGUUGGAGUGAUCUCUUUUGGCCAGCUCUCAGAUCGCUUUGGGAGGAAAAAAGUCUAUCUCACAGGUUUUGCCCUUGACAUCCUGUUUGCCAUUGCAAAUGGAUUCUCCCCCUCAUACGAGUUCUUUGCAGUCUCUCGCUUCUUGGUGGGGGUGAUGAAUGGAGGGAUGUCUCUGGUGGCCUUUGUUCUACUGAAUGAAUGUGUGGGCACUGCCUAUUGGGCAUUAGCAGGAUCGAUUGGUGGCCUGUUCUUUGCAGUGGGAAUUGCCCAGUAUGCUAUGUUAGGGUACUUCAUUCGCUCCUGGAGGACUCUGGCAGUUGUGGUUAACCUGGAGGGAACAGUAGUCUUUCUCCUCUCUCUAUUCAUUCCUGAAUCCCCUCGCUGGUUAUACUCACAAGGUCGGCUGAGAGAAGCAGAAAAUGCCCUCUAUCUCAUUGCAAAGAGGAACUGCAAGCAGAAAUGCACUUUUUCACUAAAGCUCCCAGCUGACAGGAGUCACAGAGAGACCGGCAGUUUCUUGGACCUGUUCCGAUACAAGAUCCUUUUGGGGCGCACUUUGAUCAUGAUGUUUAUCUGGUUUGUGUGCAGCUUGGUAUAUUAUGGUCUGACUCUCAAUGCAGGUGACUUAGGUGGAAGUAUUUAUGCCAACUUGGCUCUCUCUGGGCUGAUAGAGAUACCUGCCUACCCAAUCUGUAUCUACUUGAUUAACCAAAAAUGGUUUGGCCGAAAACGGACACUGGCAGCAUUCCUGUUCCUGGGAGGACUGGCCUGUCUUAUUGUCAUGUUUCUUCCAGAAAAGAAAGCCACAGGAGUGUUUGCAGUUGUGAACAGCCGUUCUUUGUCUUUACUGGGGAAACUGACAAUCAGUGCAGCAUUUAACAUUGUUUAUAUCUACACGUCAGAGCUUUAUCCUACAGUGAUCAGGAAUGUUGGAAUGGGUUCCUGCUCCAUGUUUUCCCGGGUUGGUGGGAUUAUUGCUCCCUUCAUUCCUUCACUGAAAUCUGUGCAGUGGUCUCUUCCAUACAUCGUGUUUGGAGUGACUGGCCUGUUGUCGGGGUUCCUGAGUUUGUUAUUGCCAGAAACACUAAACUGCCCUUUGCUGGAGACGAUAUCGGACUUGCAGGUGUGCUCGUACUGGAGACUGGGGGAUGAAGCUAUGUCAUUGCAAGCACUAGGUGGCUCCCGGUCUGCAGACAAAGGUGGCUCUGCAGGGAGUGAAAGUGAAGAUGAAGAAUUCUAUGAUGCUGAUGAAGAGACCCAAAUGAUCAAGUAA